AUGUUUCUUUACGCCGCCAAUUCGGCUCUACAUCCUCGAUACCUGCUCUUCAUCUACAACAACGAGAACGGACCCUCCUCGAAGGGCAACAUGCUGCACAAAACGCCUACAAGACCGGUUUUCUCCUUGCGAGGCUGGCUUGCCGGCAGCCACAGGACCAGAUCAACACGAUUGAGCAGUCCGACUUGGCCACAUCGCACCUUCUAUUCGGAUCUGUACGAGAAUGAGGGUCACCUUUUCGAUCGACAGCGCGACGAGGGACGAUCCGCAUCCACUACAUCACCUUUCAACUCUCGAACGCAGCAGUCGUCACGGUUCAGUACGAGCCACCCCUCGGCGUACGAAUUGGAACGUCAAAUGCACAGGGUGAGUUCACAGACACGACCAAUCGGGCCGGUACGAAUGGCAUGA